AUGAAGCGUGCGGGAAGGACCAUGGUUGAGAGGACCAGCAAGUUCUUGCUGAUCGUGGCCGUCUCGGUGUGCUUCAUGCUUAUCCUGUACCAGUACGUGGGGCCGGGGCUGAGCCUGGGUUCCCCCAGCGGCCGCUCCUACUCGGAGGAGCUGGACCUCUUUCCCACGCCGGACCCGCACUACGUGAAGAAGUACUACUUUCCUGUGCGGGAGCUGGAGCGGGAGCUCGCCUUCGACAUGAAGGGUGAGGACGUUAUCGUCUUCCUGCAUAUCCAGAAGACCGGCGGCACCACCUUCGGCCGCCACCUGGUGCAGAACGUACGGCUGGAGGUGCCCUGCGACUGCCGGCCCGGGCAGAAGAAGUGCACCUGCUACCGCCCCAACCGCCGGGAGACCUGGCUCUUUUCCCGGUUCUCCACGGGCUGGAGCUGCGGGCUGCACGCCGACUGGACCGAGCUCACCAACUGCGUGCCCGGGGUGCUGGACCGCCGGGAGAGUGCCGCUGCCAAGACGCCCAGAAAAUUUUACUACAUCACACUGCUGAGAGAUCCCGUAUCUCGUUACCUCAGUGAAUGGCGUCACGUCCAACGAGGAGCUACUUGGAAGACCUCCUUGCACAUGUGUGAUGGCAGGACACCAACUCCUGAAGAGCUGCCAUCGUGCUAUGAAGGCACGGAUUGGUCAGGCUGCACGCUGCAGGAGUUCAUGGAUUGCCCAUAUAAUUUGGCCAACAACCGCCAAGUGAGGAUGUUGGCUGACUUGAGUUUAGUGGGCUGCUACAACAUGUCUUUUAUCCCAGAGAACAAGCGAGCACAGAUCCUGCUGGAGAGCGCAAAAAAGAACCUCAAAGACAUGGCCUUCUUCGGCCUGACAGAGUUCCAGAGAAAGACUCAGUACCUGUUUGAGAGAACUUUUAAUCUGAAAUUCAUCCGGCCCUUUAUGCAGUACAACAGUACCAGGGCAGGAGGGGUGGAGGUUGACAAUGACACCAUCCGGAGGAUUGAGGAGCUCAAUGACUUGGACAUGCAGCUCUAUGACUAUGCAAAGGACCUCUUCCAGCAGCGCUACCAGUACAAACGGCAGGUAGAGAGGAUGGAGCAGAGGAUAAAGAAUCGGGAAGAGAGGCUUCUUCACCGGUCGAAUGAAGCACUUCCCAAGGAAGAGACCGAAGAGCAAGGACGCUUGCCCACUGAGGACUACAUGAGCCAUAUUAUAGAGAAGUGGUAG